AUGAACCACAAGUUAAUCUCGUUCAUAUUGAUUCUUUACAGACUAUUUGAUAAGCGCGGCUCCAUCUAUUCAAGUCGCCCACCGAAUCACAUUGGCAACGAGCUCAUUGCGCGCGACAAUGUGCACCUACUCCUUAUGCCAUACGGACAGGCAUGGCGAAACCAGCGCAAGAUAUAUCAGGCUCUCGUCAACAUCUCCGCUGUCCGCUCGUUGCAGCCAAUCCAACAGGCAGAGUCCUCCCUGACUAUCUGUCAACUCGCCCAAUCCCCAGCCCGGUACUAUGACCACAUCCGCCGAUACUCGACCGGAGUCAUUCUCUCUUCGGUCUUUGGCGUCCGCGGGCCUGAGUUUAACCAUCCAAAAGUCACCCGCCUCUAUCACGUCCAGGACCAAUUCACCGCGAUUCUCGAGACCGGCGCAACCCCUCCCGUUGACGUCUUUCCUCUCCUCAAACGGCUCCCGGAUUUCAUCUCUCCCUGGCGGCUCUGGGCGCGCCGGAUCCGCGAGGAACAGCGCCAGCUAUAUUUUGAGCUACUACAGGACGCUAAGAAUCGACGGGCUCGCGGUGUUCGCCGGGAUUGCUUCAUGGACCAGUUGCUGGAUGAGGACUUUCGGAAGAAGUACGAGCUAGACGAUGAGCAUAUUGCGUAUAUUGGUGGGGUUCUGAUGGAGGGCGGGUCAGAUACAACCGCGUCCACGCUGCUUUCCUUCCUACUCGCCAUGACUAAGUACCCCCGGGUCUUUAAGAAAGCGCAGGAGCAAGUGGACAGUGUAUGUGGGCCGGAAAACUCGCCUUCCUUCGAGCAUCUCGCCGAGUUGCCUUACGUAAAAUACUGCGUCUCAGAAGUCCUACGCUGGAGGCCCGUUGCUGCGGGGGGCAUUCCCCAUGUUCUGGUCCAAGACGAUGAAUACGAAGGGUACCACUUCCCCGCGGGAACGACUUUCCUGGCAAACGCAUGGGCAAUCCACAACGAUCCAGAACUAUACGACCGACCAGAUGAGUUCCUCCCAGAACGCUACGAACGGACGCCGCUAGGCUUUAAGCCAGACGUCGCCGACGCAACGGCGGACGGCAUCCGCAAGACGUACGCAUUUGGCGCAGGGAGACGGAUUUGUCCCGGUUCACAUCUGGCGGAAAACUCCCUGAAUAUUAACAUCGCGAAAAUCAUUUGGGCCUUUGACAUUAGUCCUGGAAUUGACCCUGCUACAGGACGGCAGAUGCGAGUGGAGGAUGUCAAUGUCGAUAUCGCAACGCAGUGGACGGACGGGUUCCUUAUUGCGCCGAAGCCGUUCCCGAUUCGGCUUUCGGUCCGCUCAGAGAAGCGAAGGGAGGUGUUGGAUAGGGAGCUCAAGGAGGCAAGGAAGAUCUUUGAUUGUUAUGAAGACUAG